GAAGAAGCAGAAAUGGGGGUAUUUUUUAUGCCACACUGCUGUCAAGGUAACAGAACUCAUGUAGCUAGCUAGCAGGGCAGUGAAAUAAAUUUAAUUAUGUUGCAAAACGUGGAAUUUCUUAUAUUUUAGCCAUAAUUUGCUUGCUAGAGCAAAUAGCUUCUAGCGUUUGCCACUUGCGGAGCGAACUUUCGUUGUUGCUGAAGUUAGCUAACUAGCUAACAUAACAAGUGUCACAGACAAAAGGGAAAACCAGUAUCUUUGAGUUUCUCAUUUUGUAAAAAUAAUAUACGUUUUACGUAUUAACUAGUUAACUAUGGCAAGUAAAAAGCUCAGAAGAACAGGUGUGUCACUCGAAGUAUGCGAACGACUCAAGCGCCACCAAAUUGAAACUUGCCAGGACCUGCUGUCCCUCACACCUCUAGAGGUGAUGCGCCUCGCGGGGCAGAGUUACCAGCAGGUGUUGAUGCUGCUGCAAUCAGUCAGCCAGGCCUGUGCUCCCUCAAUGACCACCGCAUUGGAGGUGUGGAAGCAGAGGGCUGACCUGUUUUUCUCCACAUCCCUACCUGCCCUGGACAGACUGCUUCAGGGAGGGCUACCACGGGGGACACUCACAGAGGUGACUGGCCCCUCAGGUUGUGGGAAGAGCCAGGUGUGUAUGAUGCUCAGUGUGCUGGCCACUCUGCCAAAGUACAUGGGUGGCCUCGACAGCGGAGUCAUCUACAUAGAUACGGAGUCUGCUUUCUCAGCAGAGAGGUUAGUGGAGAUUGCUCAGAGCAGGUUUCCAGACUACUUCUGUGAGAAGGAGCGUGUGUUGGAGAUGGCUGGACGUGUCCACCUUUUUCGGGAGCUCACGUGUCAGGAUGUCCUGGACAGACUGGAGAGGCUGGAGGAGGACAUCAUCUCCUCCAAGGCUGGGUUGGUGAUUCUUGACUCGGUGGCCUCAGUGGUGAGGAAGGAGUAUGACACAAGACUGCCUGGGAACCUCACUCACCGCAGCAACCUGCUGGGCCAGGAGGCUGCCACCCUCAAAUACCUGGCUCAGGCCUUUCACAUCCCUGUGGUCUUGACCAACCAGAUCACGACGCAUGUGGGCGAUCGAGGAGAGAGAGGCGCUGCGUCAUUCAGGGGAGCAUCUGAUGAGAGGGAUUCUGGGUAUGUGACGGCGGCGCUGGGGAACACAUGGAGUCAUAGCGUCAACACCCGCCUCAUUGUCCAGUAUGUAGAUGCACACCAAAGACAGAUUGUGAUAGCGAAGUCACCUGUGGCCCCGUUUGCUGUUCUAAACUACACCGUCCAGAAGGAGGGCAUCCGUCUAGAGGGAAAUGAUGAUAACCAGGAAAUGUUGCAUCAAGGCACAGACCCGGGCCUCCAGCCGAUCAGAGUGCGGACAGGAUUCAACUACAACCUGACACAAGCCAAUCCUGCUGCUGUUGGCCCCCUGAAGCGUCUUUGACUCUGGGAACUGUGUGUGUGUGUGUGUGUGUGUGUGUGUGUGUGUGUGUGUGUGUGUGUGUGUGUGUGUGUGUGUGUGUGUGUGUGUGUGUGUGUGUGUGUGUGUGUGUGUGUGUGUGUGUGCGUGUCAGGGCUCUACAAUGCUACCAUUUUGGUGCUAAAUAGUGCUAAAUAUUUUUUCUGUGCUACCAGGAAUUUUAAUUUGGGAAUACCAGUGCCCAUAGAAAACAAAUCACCCAGGUAAUAAUGUUUGUAAUGAUUUCUCCGCAGCCUCAGUAGUAUGCAAACAUGGUGGCACAGAAAGAAAGGAAAAUAGCUUUUUUAGGAGAUGAGGAUUCGUAUAGACCCAAUGUAUAUGGAACACUGUUUGGGUCUUUGCGUGUCAAAAAAGACAAGUCGAAUAACAUUAUUUGACAUAUCAAACAAUGCUAUUUGACACAUCAAAUAGGCUUGUUGACCAAUCAGGACCAUAAUAAUUUAACAUGUUCAGUAAUGUUUUACGUAGUUAUUACACAUUGAUUACACAAUCACUGCUGGACAUAAAAAAGCUAGCGAGCUGAUGGAUGCAAACAAUGUUCUUCCCCAAAAACAUAGCAAAACGACAUCUGUUUCAGUAGCUAUAGUUAACCAGAUAACUAUCUAGCUAGGUGGUGUCAUCUAAAAUACUUCUAAUUUAUAAGACAGUUAUUUGAUUAAUGGUGGUUGGACCCACCUAUGUGAAGCUAGCCACAAUAAGGUUUAGUGGAAUUGGCAGUAGUGGAGUAGUGGCAAUAGUGGAAUUGGCAGUUUGCCUUCAAAAAUAAAAUUGUAUUUGUCACAUGCGCCAAAUAGAACAGGUGUAGACCUUACAGUGAAAUGCUUACUUACAAGCCCUUAACCAACAAUGCUUUAAGGAGUUAAGAAAAACGUGUCAAAUAGAAAAAAAAGAAAAGCACCUUUUUUUUUGUCCAUUAAAAUAACAUCAAAUUGAUCAGAAAUACAGUGUAGACAUUGUUAAUGUUAUAAAUGACUAUUGUAGCUGGAAACGGAUGAUUUCUAAUGAAAUAUCUACAUAGGCGUACAGAGUCCCAUUAUCAGCAACCAUCACUCCUGUGUUCCAAUGGCACGUUGUGUUAGCUAAUCCAAGUUAAUCAUUUUAAAAAGCUAAUUGAUCAUUAGAAAACCAUUUUGCUAUGAUGUUAGCACAUCUUGUUCUGGUUAAAGAAGCAAUAAAACUGGCCUUCUUUUGAGUAUCUGGAGCAUCAGCAUUUGUGGGUUCGAUUACAGGCUCAAAAUGGCCAGAAACAAAGCACUUUCUUCAGAAACUCGUUAGCCUUCAUUUCUCAGAACAAGAAUAGACUAUUCCAUGCGAGAAAUUGCCAGGAAAUUGAAGAUCUUGUACACCGCUAAAGCUAGCUAGUUACCCCAGAAGUUGCUGAUAACAUCUGUAUCAAAGAUAUUUGCAAACAUUUUUGAUCCUGCUCACUUGAUCUAAUUUCAAAUGCUCACAGACGUUUUCCCAUUCGGUGGAACAAAUAAUUCCUUAUUACCAACGCAGUAUUGUACAACUUUGACUGUGAUCAUAAUGGUGGCUCUUGGCUUGCACGUGCAAAUUCAGCACACACAGCAUUCUACAAUAGAAUUGUAUUAUUUGACAUGUCAUAUUAAAAGCUUAUUUGACCAGGCAAAUAGUUUUUUUUUUUUUUUACAUGCAAAUAAACAAACGCCAUUCCAUAAAUGUAGGCUAUAUUUUGUAAUUGCUGGCAAUUCUUCUCAUUAAAAGGGGCAAUCUGCAGUUACUACAUCCAUUUUUUUAAACUUAUAAAUUAAUAAUGUAAACCCAUUGAUUCUUGAGGAGUAUAACUUAUAAAUGCCCCAUGAGCUUAGCAGACAAAAUAUGAGCUUGUUUUUCCCAAAGUAAAUUGAAACAAAGACUGUAUAGUCUCGAAACAAAAAAUGAAAGUUUUGAUAUCAUGGAUUGUUAGUCCUUGCAUCCAUAGCUCUAUCUAUGCGUUUGAAUGUGGUUACAUUUCUCCAGCCCCAUCCCGCAACCUUUUACAGAAACAGGCCUUUUAUCAUUUCAACUGCGGAUUGCCUCUUUAAUAUUUGUCAUUGUGCUCCUACAUUUUUCAGCUUAGGACCACAUGUGCUCCUUGUUAAAACUGUUAGAGUCCUGUGUGUUUGAAUUUGUGUGUGCAUGUCUGCUCACAGUAUGUGUGUUUGUCUGUGUUUGUGACUUAGCAUUCCCCUUGUUCUCAAAAUGUUCUCAAAAUACCAUGUACAAUACUGUAUAUUAAAAUAACACACUUCACCAA